ACAAACAAGGUUUGUAAGAUGUCCACAAGUGAUUCCAACUCAACAUUGAAAUUGGAUGAAAAACUUCCAACGUGGACCAAUAAUAACUCAUAAGCUAACAUCAUUACCCAAUGGAAAUCUAAUUUUGGAUUUGCUUAUAUCCACACCACUCUCCUAUAUUCUUUCCAUUCAUUUCAUUUCAUUCACAUUCACAACAUUCACAAAAUAAUAAUAAUAAUAUUAUUGCAAGAAGUGCAUUAUUAUACUAUAGUCUUUCUUUGUGUGUGACAAAGAAUGGCUUGUAACACAUUGAUGAGUUCAGCUAUUUCAGCUUUUCCAUCAUUUCUUUCUUCAUCAAAAUCAAGAUUUGUAACUUCAACUUCAUUUUCAAAUUUUGCUUCUUGCAAUGCAUCUUCUUCUAAAUUCAGCAUGACUGCUGAUAAUUGGAUGCCUGGUCAGCCUAGACCACCUUAUCUUGAUGGUUCAGCUCCUGGUGACUUUGGAUUCGAUCCUCUUCGUCUUGGCGAAGUACCAGAGAAUCUUGAGAGAUUCAAAGAGUCUGAACUCAUUCACUGCAGAUGGGCAAUGCUUGCUGUUCCAGGGAUUUUGAUACCAGAGGCAUUAGGAUUAGGAAAUUGGGUAAAAGCACAGGAAUGGGCAGCACUUCCUGGAGGACAAGCAACCUACCUAGGCAACCCUGUUCCAUGGGGUACCCUACCUACCAUUUUGGUCAUUGAAUUCCUUUCUAUUGCUUUUGUUGAGCACCAAAGGAGUAUGGAGAAAGACCCUGAGAAGAAGAAAUACCCUGGUGGUGCUUUUGAUCCUUUGGGUUACUCUAAAGACCCUAAAAAGUUCCAUGAAUACAAAAUCAAAGAAGUUAAGAAUGGACGUCUUGCUUUGUUGGCUUUUGUUGGAAUCUGUGUUCAACAAUCAGCUUAUCCAGGCACUGGACCUUUGGAGAAUUUGGCUACUCACUUGGCUGAUCCAUGGCACAACAACAUUGGAAAUGUUCUUAUUCCCCCUCAAUAGAUUUCUACCUCUAUAUAUUAGCAGUUCUACUUGUGUAAAACUCCACCAAAUACAUUGUUUUGUAAUGAAUCAUAUCUAUCUAUGGUGUUGUUUUCCA